AUGGCUACCCGUCGCGGGGCGUCGAAGGAGACACAGUCCGAGGUCGCGAGUCCCAGAGUAGCCCAGCCAGUAGGAAAUCCAGAGUACAGGACUCUCCCCGGCGGAGUCCUGUGGAAGUUCAUACUGUACUCGGUUCUAAUCGUCUGCUGUCCUCUGGCGACAUACUUCGGAACCGUCAAUCGAGUGUUUGAAGGGAAUUCCACAUACGCCGGCGCGGCAGCAGCUGGAGCGGCCAACAUUAUCCUCAUCACCUAUAUCAUCUUCGCGAUCCGUGAGGACGUCGAGAACGAGAAGAAGGCGGACGCAGAGUUCAAGAAGCAGAAGUAG